AUGAUCGUUCACGUUUGUGAACGUAUAGCUAUCGCUCUGUACAAUGGCGGGACACCGCUAUGUUUCUACGCCAACUCCUACACCCUCAUCACAGCGCAGGGGACCUCCAGCCCGGCAGAAGGAAACUGUGCUCGUGGGAAGGAGCACGUGUUGGCUUCCCUUCCCACCCCUGCAUUUGCUCAGUGCCCAGCGCUCUUUCAUGUGUUGUUCAAGGGCUCCUCUCACCUGCCACAACAGCUGAAGUUCACAACCUCUGACUCCUGCGACCGGAUCAAAGAUGAGUUCCAGCUCCUGCAGGCCCAGUAUCACAGCUUGAAGUUGGAAUGUGACAAACUAGCCAGCGAGAAAUCAGAGAUGCAGCGUCACUACGUCAUGUAUUACGAGAUGUCCUAUGGGCUGAAUAUCGAAAUGCACAAACAGGCUGAAAUUGUCAAGAGGUUAAAUGGGAUUUGUGCUCAGGUCCUGCCCUACCUUUCGCAAGAGCAUCAGCAGCAAGUCCUGGGAGCCAUUGAGCGAGCCAAGCAGGUGACAGCACCAGAACUGAACUCCAUCAUCCGUCAGCAGCUUCAAGCUCACCAGCUCUCGCAGCUUCAGGCCCUUGCUCUGCCUCUGACUCCGCUCCCCGUGGGCCUCCAGCCCCCAUCCCUCCCCGCUGUCAGCGCCGGCACGGGGCUCCUCUCGCUCUCGGCCCUGGGCUCCCAAGCUCACCUCUCCAAGGAGGACAAGAACGGCCAUGACGGAGAUGCCCACCAAGAUGAUGACGGGGAGAAAUCUGAUUAGAGUGAAGGUGC